AUGUGGACACUAUUUAUGUUUAGAACGCUGAGAUUUUACUUACGGUGCAUCAAAAUGGCUAAUUGUCGUAGUUUUUCGUACUUUUGUUUUUUAGUAUUACUUGUUUAUAUUUUUAAGGGCGCCGAUGCUGUGACGCAGGAAAUGUUGGACUCUACUUUUUUACGCUUGAACGAUACAAGCCAGUACAUUGAUGAAAAUCUGACCAAUUCAAAGAACUUACUUUCUCAAAUCAAUGACCAUAGAAAUAUAACUAUUUACAUCCACGGGUACACCGAAAGUAUCAACAGUUUCAGCGUAAAAACAAUAGUUGAUGGUAAAGUGAUUGGAGUUGGAUCAAAUAUUUAUUUUAUUUUCAAUAAUACAUACAUGACCCGAGGGGAUCACAUUGUCAUGGCAUUCGAUUGGAGUCUGAUUGCUAAGGAAAGUUACUUGAGAGUUGUUGAGAGUAUCGAAGCUGUCGGUAGAUAUUUAGCCCGUGCAAUUAGUAAGAUGUCUUGUGCGGAUCAUUCUAUAACUCGAAGAAUUCACAUUGUUGCGCAUUCGAUGGGUUCUCAUGUUGCUGGUGCCGCCGGAAGAAUAAUCAAUCCUUUAUUGCCAAGAAUUACUGGUUUAGAUCCAGCCGGUCCUCUAUUUAAUCUCCUUCGAAAUCCUCUAUCAAGUUCAGACGCAGAAUUCGUCGAUAUAAUCCACACAGACGCAGGUCUCUACGGAAAAACCCUUGGCUCUGGUCACGUUGACUUUUGGCCAAACCGCGGAAUCAGAACCCAACCAGGGUGCCCUAAAUCUGCAGCAAUUUAUAGCGAAGACGAUUUCUGCAGUCAUCAUCGCUCAUGGAUUUUCUAUGCGGAGUCCCUUCUAUCGGAGAAAGCUUUUCUCGCUGUCAGGUGUUCAUCCAAUGGCAAGUCCUCACCCACAGACUUGCAAAUCAUUCCGAUGGGUUAUGCAACACCACGUGAAGCGCGUGGUAACUACUGUUUGAUAACCUCGGCACAGAAACCAUAUGGAUUACAAAUUAAUGGCGCCAUAGAACAGUGA